AUGUCAUCAUUGGCCCUGUUGCGGCAGCUGAUACAAGGAAUGUGGUGAGAUAUGCUGCACAGUGCAGGUACAUCUACAUUACAUACUGCCCCGCAUCCCGAGAACAUGAACAUGGGGGUUACACGUCCGCCCGCUAACACCAGGACGGGCACCUCACCUCUUACCGCCUCCAGGCCUACUCUGUUUGUCUUAGCACUUUUACUACCAACCUGCAACCCCUCGACAGAGAAGCUUUCCGGGCCAUUUCCCGUCUUGCAUACCGCAGUUUAACAUUUCACUCCGCUCGUUCCAUGUAGUCCGGCGACGAUGCGACCACUCUCUGGCGAUGACGCGCACAGGCGUCCCUGCACCUCCGAUCCCGACGGUCCCUCGACCUUCAGACUUCCAGCCGCUCCGCAAAUGAGCUAUUGUUUCGCUGACGAGUCCUCUAUCGGCUCGUCUUCCCAACCUCCACCGGUAGCCCUCCACCGCCCGAAGGAACACCGCACAGUCCCGCCUCCCGAGAACGCCGAGCCGCCCAAAGCCCGGGGACGAUCGCAGUACAACCUUGAGAGAGACAAAGAGCCCGCCGGUCGACCGUCGAGCUCCAAGGGGCCCGUCGAGGCUCUCAGACAUGACGAAUACGACUCGUCACGGCCCAUCUCACCGUUCCACAGACCAACAGACACUCCCAACCUUUCUCGGCCUCUCACGCCUGUCCUCCUGGGAGCAUCCGGUGCCGCGUCGGUCCUGAGCAGCGUCUCCUCAAGGCGCAACUCGCUUUGCCUAUCCGAAGACCUCGGCAGCCGCCCGCCAAGCAUGAGAGACAGCGGCGAUGUCGCGGUGGAGUCCGAAGAGGAGGAGGAGGCGGCGGAGGAGGAGGAAUACCAAGGCGGUGGCGACCCCGGCGUGGGCGGCUCGUCCAUGGCGGACAGCGGCAGCGCCCCGCAGCUGGUCAUGCCCAGCAUCAAGAUGCCCAGCCGCCGACCGUUUACCGACGAGGGCAAGCGCAUGGGCCGUCUGAAAGUGCUGGUCGCCGGCGACAGCGGGGUGGGCAAGACCUCGCUGAUCAAGGCCAUCGUGCAGUCGUGCGAGCAUAUCGUGCAUGUGGACCCCAUCACGCCGUCGGCGCUGCCGUCCUCGUCUGUCACGAGGUCCAUACCGAGUGUGAUGGGAGCUCCUGUCAGAAAGCAGAGGGGACGCCGGCGGCAGCAGUCGGCCAGCACGAGCCAGAUCACCGAGAUUUAUGCGAGCACGAAGCCGUACCCCGACUGGUGGUCCGAGGUGGACGAUUUCCGGCUGCUGAGGCGUAGGAAGAGCCUGGGCGAUGCCGUGCUGGAUCGCAACAUUUGCUUUGUCGAUACCCCGGGAUACGGCAGCGGAUCAUCGUCGAUGGAUACGAUAACGCCCGUGGCGCAGUACAUAGAAGCCCACCUGCAGCGGAUGAACACCGGUCUCCUCAGCGAUGGAGACCUUCUCAACUUGCUAGGUGGAGAGGGUGGUGUCCAGGUUGACGCCGUCUUUUACCUGGUUUCGAACCGUCUGCGGCUCGUCGAUAUUGAGUAUCUACGGCAGCUUUCACACCUUACGAACAUCAUCAUCCUGCUCGCCCAGGCCGACUUGAUGUCGGCCGAGCAGGUAGCCGCCAGCAAGGAGCAGAUGUACAGUCAGCUCAAGGAGGCCAAUAUUCGGCCCUUCUCCUUCUCCAUGCCCUCGCCCAACUCCGUCGUGUCUUCCGACCCCGAGAAACAGGGCAUCUAUGCGAUAUCCAGCGCCACCGGCUCGGACCACGACACCAUGGACGCAAGCCUGCUGAUGUCACCAGACUACGUCCAACCCCUCAUCCCCACCGAACUGGCCACCCUCGUCGAGCAAGUCUUCAGCAGCACCGGCGUGUCCUGGCUCCGCCACUCGGUCGCGCGCAAGUACGUGCAGUGGCGCAAAGCCGAAAACCUCCCUCCCGCCAGACCAUCCUCUUUACUCCGUAACCAAACCCUCCCGCCCAACCUCAACAUCAGCCCAUCCUCAUCCUCCCCGCUAUCCCCGCCGUCGCCUUCACGCUCCUAUACAGACCAAGUCCUCGCCACCCCGAUGGGCACCACAUCAUCGAGCUAUGCGCUCGCCCGCCUGGCCGAUCACACGCAGCGGGAGGAGCGCCUGGCACAGGUGCGGCUCGCGAACUGGGCCGCCGACCUCCAGAAGAGCCUGGCGCGCGAGAGGGAGCAGUAUGCCGCACUCGCGAGGGGCGAGCGCGCCAUGUGGUUGGCUGAGCGGAUCAGCGAGUGUGUGAGGGACGGGAGUCUCGUUGUCGCGGAUCAGCUUCGUACGACUCGAGGGCAGGGUAGGGGGGUGAAUAAAUCCAGUCUGGACUUUGCGGAAGCUGCGGCUGGGGAAUUUGUCCCUUCUUCGAGCUCUCUGGGAGUACCGCGUGACGGGAGGGCCGGACAGAGGAAACGGGAGAAGUUCCAGAGUCAGAACCAGCAUCAAUACCGGCGUCACAGGCAGGAUCCGCUCGGUCUGCUGGAGGUCGCGGACGAGUUGCGGCACAAGGGCCUGAUUGCGCUGGAGGUGCUGGGGAGUCUGGGCGUGCUGGGCGGGCUGGCGCUGUGGGUGACCAGACAUCAUAUCCAUCUGCAGGCUUACGGGUGGAUGGUGGGCGAGUGGGAGCGGCUUUGGUAUGGUGCUAGGUACUAAUCAUGGGAUCUGAUGGUUUGGCAUCGGGAACGGAUGGAAGGAGAGAGACACAGGCCUGGGUUUCAUUAUGCAA